UAAAACCACAAAUCUAUCAAUUAUUUAAAAUUUAUCUAGCUAGUACAUAUAACUUAUAAGCAUUCUCAAUGAAACUCAGCUCCGCCGCCGCCGUUCUCCUCCUCCUCCUCCUCCGCCUCGCCGACUCAGCUCCGCCGCCGUUCUCGUGCGACGCCUCCGACCCGAAAACGCAAACGUUCGGAUUCUGCAAAGCUAAUCUGCCAAUCGACGAAAGAGUACAUGAUCUGAUUACGCGGCUGACGAUUGACGAGAAGAUAUCUCAGCUGGUGAAUUCAGCUCCGGCGAUCCCACGGCUCGGUAUCUCCGCCUACGAGUGGUGGUCGGAGGCGUUGCACGGUGUCUCCGGCUAUGGACUUGGCGUUAGUUUUAAUGGAACAAUUAAGGGCGCCACCAGUUUCCCGCAAGUCAUUCUUUCUGCUUCCACCUUUGAUUCCAAUCUUUGGUACCGCAUUGGUCAGGCUAUUGGGAAAGAGGCACGAGCGAUGUACAACCAAGGGCAAGUGAAAGGGAUGGCAUUUUGGGCACCAAAUGUAAAUAUUUUUAGGGAUCCAAGGUGGGGUAGGGGCCACGAGACACCUGGCGAAGACCCAUUGGUUGCUGGGAAAUAUGCAGUGGCGUUUGUGAGGGGAAUUCAGGGUGACAAUUACAAUAAUGAUAAAGUUGAGGGGCAGGAAAACAAUAACGGCAUUCUUCAGGCCUCUGCCUGCUGCAAACAUUUCACCGCCUAUGAUUUGGACAACUGGAAAGGCGUUAGUCGCUUGGGUUUUGAUGCCAAGGUGACGAAGCAAGAUUUGGCAGACACAUAUCAGCCACCUUUUAAGAGCUGCAUCCAAGAAGGGAGAGCGAGCGGGAUUAUGUGCGCGUACAAUAGGGUGAAUGGUGUUCCGAAUUGCGCCGACUACGACCUUCUUACGAAAACCGCGCGUGGAGAAUGGGGUUUUCAAGGGUACAUUGUGUCUGACUGCAAUGCAGUUGCUGUCAUUCAUGAUGUCCAUAAGUAUGCAAAAUUACCAGAAGAUGCUGUAGCAGAUGUACUCAAGGCUGGCAUGGAUGUCGACUGCGGUUCGUACUUAUCGACCUACACAAAAUCAGCACUCGAGCAGAAAAAAAUGCUCGAAUCCGAUAUAGACAGAGCCCUUCACAAUUUAUUCUCGGUCCAAAUGAGAUUAGGCUUCUUCAACGGAAAUCCAAACACACAACCGUUCGGCAAAAUCGGGCCCGAUCAAGCAUGCACGCAAGAGCACCAACAACUCGCCCUCGAAGCCGCGCAUAACGGCAUCGUUCUCCUAAAGAACUCCAACAACCGUCUCCCGUUGUCCAAAACCUCCUCACUAGCCGUUAUAGGCCCAAAUGCCAACAACGCCUACGUACUUCUCGGAAACUACGAGGGGCGCCCUUGUAAAUCCGUAGAAGUCUUCAGAGCUAUCCAAAGCUACGCACCGAACGCCUCGUACGAAGGCGGCUGCAAAGAUGUGAACUGCGCGGUCGCUGAUGUGGCGAGUGCCGUUCGAACGGCGAAGGACGCGGACGAUGUGGUUCUGGUGAUGGGGUUGAAUUACAGCCUUGAGACGGAGGAUCACGAUCGUGUGGACCUGGUGCUGCCAGGUCAGCAGGAGGGGUUAAUCAGAGCCGUUGCUGCGGCUUCCAAGAAGCCCGUGGUUCUUGUUUUGAUCUGCGGUGGGCCCGUCGAUGUUUCUUUUGCGAAAGAUGAUCCGAAAAUAGGGAGCAUUUUGUGGGCGGGAUAUCCGGGUGAAGCUGGUGGGAUUGCACUAGCUGAUAUCUUGUAUGGUCAACACAAUCCCGGAGGGAAACUACCCGUAACUUGGUAUCCAAAGGAUUUCAUCAAAGUACCAAUGACUGAUAUGAGAAUGAGGCCCGAUCCUUCGUCGGGAUAUCCGGGACGUACUUACCGUUUCUACAACGGACCAAAAGUGUUCGAAUUUGGCUAUGGACUCAGCUACACAACACAUUCCUACGAAUUCAUAUCGUCAACUCCCAACACUCUCCACUUAAACCAAUUAACCCCGACUUCUCAAACAACCAACGAAACAAAUUCAUUGUCCGUUUCCAAGAUUGGGGCAAAUAAUUGUGAAAAGUUGAAGUUCUCGACACACGUGGGAGUAAAAAACACGGGGAAUAUGCCAGGAAAGCACCCGGUUCUAAUUUUCGUUAGGCACGAAAGGAAUAGCAAUAUUACCGGAAGGCCUUUGAAACAAUUGGUCGGAUUUGAGAGUGUGAGCUUAAAUGCUGGAGAAAGUGGUGAGAUCGAAUUCGUAUUGGAUCCGUGCGAGCAUCUUAGCACGGCUAACGAAGAUGGUGACAUGGUGAUUGAAGAGGGAUAUAGAUACUUAGUUGUAGAAGAUAAAGAGUAUUCGAUCAAUAUCGUACUUUGAGAUGUACGGGCUUUUCAAUUGCCGAAUUUCAAUAAGUAUACUUAAUUAGUUAUACAUGGCCUAAUAGAACUAAUAUGGAAAGAAUUAUGUAACAUUCAUGUUGUCAAUUUUUUUCAUGAAAUAUUUU